AUGGAAGAAAUAAAAUUAACUGAUACCUCAUUUUCCUCAAAUACAUCAACCCAUAAUGACUUUCGUUAUAAUAAAAAGUUAGUUAUAGUGGGGGAUGCCUACACUGGGAAGACUGCACUUCUGGUAGCUUGUCGAAGUAACCAGUUCUCACCAGUGUACGUGCCAACUGUCUUUGAUUGUGGCUCAAAGCUAUUCAAUUUUGAAGAUAAGAAAGUGGAUAUGAGAUUUUGGGAUACAUCAGGUAAAGAUGACUAUAUAAGAUUAAGACCUCUCUCGUACCCGAACUCACAUGUUGUGUUAUUGUGUUAUUCAAUUGAUUCAAGAGAAUCACUAAAUAAUGUUAUAGAAAAAUGGUCAUCGGAAGUAUUCCAUUACUGUAAAAAGAAUGCCAGUAUUCUCUUAGUCGGAUGCAAAGUUGAUCUGAGGAAUGACCCAGAUACAAUAGCAAAGCUCAAACUACAAAACACAGUGUCUAUAUCGAAAGAAGAAGGUAUCCGAGCAGCAGAGGAAAUUGGGGCAAUUCAACAUAUCGAGACAUCUGCUCUUACAGGAUAUGGCAUAAAAGAAUUGUUUGAAGAAGCUGUCAAAGUGACAAUGACAGACUCCAAUGUCGUCAGAAAAAGAAAAAAACUUAGAAUAUGCAGAUGUACAAUAAUGUGA